AUUCGAGCUUACUUUUAGAUUCAGCCGAGUAACUUCCUUACUUCCAAGCUGAGCCAAAGAUGGAGGCGAUUUACAGUAUCCCGUUCAAGGUGUUGGAAUGUCCAAAUCUGAAGCUCAAAAAGCCUUCAUGGGUGAAAACACCCUCAGCAAUGUUUGUGUAUGCUGCAGUUUUACUGUCGUAUUUCUUAGUAACAGGAGGUAUUAUUUACGAUGUUAUUGUUGAACCACCAAGUAUAGGGUCUACAACAGAUGAAAGAGGAAACUCACGACCUGUUGCAUUUAUGCCCUAUAGGGUCAAUGGUCAGUACAUUAUGGAGGGUCUUGCCUCAAGCUUUCUCUUCACAAUGGGAGGUCUGGGCUUUGUCAUCCUAGACCAAACUAACAGUCCUCUGACGCCAAAACUGAACAGGAUCCUGCUCCUGGUCGUAGGCUUUGUGUGCAUUCUUAUAUCAUUCUUCAUGUGCAGGGUUUUCAUGAGGAUGAAGCUACCGGGCUACUUGAUGGGAUAGGUGACUGAGAAAUUCACAGAAACUAUUUGAUGAACAUUUACUAUGCAAUUGUAGAAGUGUCACCUUGUAAGAAACAACCAAAGAAGGAAUGUAAGAAGUUCUUUGAUAAAGGAAGUGUGAAAUAAACAUGUUUAUAACAUGCUUGGAAACAGUGAGAGGAAAGAUAAUAAUUAAGACUCAGACUUGGGUGCUUUAAACCCAGAGAUAAAUUUAUGAUAUUUUUAUUACUGUAAAAAUAAAACUAAAGCUUUGGGUAAGAAAGAAAGUGUACUUCACAUUAUUAGAACUGCAU